UUAUUUAUUUGUAUUUUCUUGGCAUUUUGCGUAAACUGUGGGUCGUUGCCGGUUGGCGUUUCUCAACUUUCUUUGAAAUAGUGUUUUAAUUCGAAGAAUCGAUAACCGAAGCGAGUCCCAGAUAGAGCGAGAUCGAGCUUUCAGUUCCUGGUAGUUCGUCUCGCUCAAUUAAACGAAAGACGAAAGCCCUAAUUCUAUAAACAUUUACCAGCACCCGAAUGAAGGUCUGACAAUGGCGAGGAACAUUAAAAACAACGAGGCCAGCAGUAGUGCCAGUGGUAGCCGAAGCAGCACUGGAGGUGAAAGCGUCGUUGUUGAUGUUAGCAAACGUAGGAGUUCUUGCGGUUACUGCAAAUCUGGUGGACGAACCUGUGUUUCUCACGGUUUAUGGGCCCAUAGCAUUACUGUUGAUGACUACCAAGAUCUUCUUGAUCGAGGCUGGAGGAGAUCUGGUUGUUUCGUUUACAAACCUGAGAUGGAAAAGACAUGCUGCCCCUCCUAUACUAUCCGUCUGAAGGCAGGUGACUUUGUUCCUUCUAAAGAGCAACUCCGGGUAUCUAGACGAAUGCAGAGGUUUCUGGAUGGCACGUUAGAUGAGAAAAGACCAGUGUUAACAGCAGACCAGAAUACUGCUAAGGCUUCAUGCAGCUUGCACAGCACUGAAGCUUCAAGGUCUAUGACAAAGGCAUCCUCUGCCGGUAAUUCCAAAGAGAACGACAAAGAAGAACAGUACAUGCAAUUUUUGUCAGACCAUAUUGAUAAUGUGGUUAAUGCAUGCACUCUGGGUGGGGAAUUUCCUUCUGAUAUUCAACUACCAAAGGCUUCUGUCAAAAAGGUCACACAAGCAAAAAAGAAACUAAUUGAAAGAUCUGAAGAUUUGUUGUACACUAGCAACAUUUCGUUUCAGAUAGCAGCAACCUUAAGGCGGUCUAUACCAGUGGAGAAAGAUAAUGAGUUGGGGCCGUCGAAAAAUAGCCAAUACCAAAAUGGAUCGACUGUUGACCUUUCACCAAAAACUAUUGCAGAAAAGCUGGCUUGCUCUUUAAAUCAACUUGGAGAAUUUUGUGGUUUGUCCAUCAGAGCUUGCAAUGGACACCUUAACUUUUAUUCUGUUACAAGACAAGCUUCUUUUUGUGAGGGGUCUGUGAUGGAUAAUGCCAUCGGCCAAUCACCUAAUGUCAGUGGAAGUAAACGUAGCUGUACAGAGAAAAACAGGGAAUGCCCUCAGCCGAGACGGAAACUUGAGAUCAGAAUGAAAAAAUCUAGUUUUGAUCCAGAAGAAUAUGAUUUGUACAGAAGAUAUCAAAUUAAAAUUCAUAAAGAUUCACCUGAUCAAGUCAUGGAAAGUUCAUACAGAACGUUUCUGGUUGAUACUCCCUUGAUAUUUGUUCCACCGUCUGGUGAUGGUACAGUUCCACUUUGUGGAUUUGGCUCUUUCCAUCAGCAAUAUGUAAUUGAUGGGCGCCUUGUUGCUGUUGGUGUAGUGGAUAUCCUUCCAAGGUGUCUGUCAAGUAAAUAUUUAUUCUGGGACCCUGACCUUGCCUUUCUAUCACUAGGUAAAUACUCGGCCUUGCAAGAAAUAGGUUGGGUAAAAGAGAAUCAGGUUCAUUGCCCUAGCCUUCAAUACUAUUAUCUUGGAUAUUAUAUUCACUCAUGCAGCAAGAUGAGAUACAAGGCAGGAUACCGUCCAGCAGAGCUUCUUUGCCCUCUGCGUUACCGGUGGGUCCCAUUUGAUAUUGCAAGGCCUUUACUUGAUAAAAAGCCAUAUGUUGUCUUGUCCAACUUUGGUACUACACAAAAUAAUGAGUCUCAACAUCAGCUUCCAGAAAAUUCUGAACGACAUCCUGAUCUUGAUCAAGACUGGAAUGACAUUGGCAGUGAUGAAGAUGUAGGAAUGGCUGAACCUGCAUUUGAUGGCUGCUCUGACGAUGACUCGGGCCCAGAAACAAAUGAUCUAACAUCAGAUGAACUAAAAGAUGUUGACAUCAGCAAUGUUUUGAUGGGGCUGAAGGGUUCACGCCUGAGAUUCAAGGAUCUGCAACGAGUAUUGGGUUCUGCUGAAAGGAGAUCCUUAGAGCUUGAAUUGCAUAGAUACGUCAGAUUGGUGGGGACCUUACUCUCGGAGCAGAUGGUUUAUUCACUCGGGUAAAUGUACAAUCUAUUGGUUUACAUGUUGAGGUGGAGACAAAGUGGUUACUGAGAGAGCUUGCCGUAUGUAGGCAUAGCCUGAGACCUAUUUGAAGGCUAAAUGGGAAAACAUGGUAAAGAUGUUACUGUCCUGUUGCAGAUUCUUUGUUUUAUUCACAUUCAAUAUGUGGUAUAGAUUCUCAUAUGUAUUAAUGUCUGUUUUGAUGAGUGAAAGGUAUCAUCCUUCGCUUGUUCUA